CUUCAUCUGCUGCAGAGGAGGCAGGACUAGAAAGAUCCUCCAACAGCUGCACAUUUGUGGACUAGUUGGAGACUUGGAUUAAAGCUGAACUAAAUACAAAGAAAAUCAUCAGGACUUUGAACUUCAGUGCAGAUACAAAAAUAAUGCUGUGUUUAGGAGACUCUACCGACUGCCUCCGGGACCAGAUGCAGUGCAUGAUGAAGUCCUUGCAGGAUCUGAAGCAGAUAAACAGACCAAGGCCACUGAGUGAACCAUGUGUUCGGUCCUUCGCUGUGACGCGGUUCUGUAAGCAAAAGGCACAGCAGGAGCGGAUCACUCGUCUUCGUACUUCUGAGGCCAGUGAAGCCGGCACCUAUGACUCUGCCUGCUGCCUGGCCAGUCCUUUGGAAGAGGAGGAAGAGCAGGAGGAGCACGAGCGGUUGGCACAGGGCUCUCCAAGCAGCGAGAAGAGCCUGGACUUUGACUCUGGUUACUCUGAAGCCUCGUGGCAGGAUGAAGGUGUGGUGCUAAGAAGGACCAGAAAUGUGCGAGUCUCCUCUUCUGCCUGUCUCCGGACAAACAGAGGAUCCUCAGGGCGAAUCCGGCCCAAAUCCACCUCAGACGCAUGCCUGGAACGCUGGACUUCAUUUGAGGCCAGUGGGCCAGAGGACUGGACAACGUCGCUGUUAAGUCGCAGCAGAAACAGACAACCUUUAGUUCUGGGUGACAAUAGUUUUGCUGAUCUAAUAAAGAACUGGAUGGACCUUCCAGAGUGUCCAGAGCCAGCAGAACUGAAACCCAGUGUGGGUCGACGGCUCGCCAAAGACAUUCUGGUCAACAUGCGGCGGAGACUGGCUGGGGUGUCUAAAAGUGUGGAGGUGAGGCCGAGGCCAGCAGACGCCGUAAGGGUCAACAGAGCAGCAGAGGCUCCCAAACGGAUGUCCUGUCCUGUGGGACUCCAGGCUCUGAAACCUUUCUUUCACCAGUCACACACUGGCAUUCACGAAAUGGACAAUGACUUCUACCAGUUCACAGCUCUAAUGAAGACAGGAAGCCGACAGCCCAUCAUAUGCAAUGACAUCAUUGGAUACAUUUGAGAAAGGCUUCAGCUUGGACUGAUGUUUUAACACAGAUUCAUGUGAGGUCAUUCAAUUUCCACAAAUGGAAACAAUGUCCACAAUGUUGAUGUUUCUAGAAUAAAGUUUUUCUAUUUAAUA